AUGGCGCACCUCCUGGGCCACCCCAGCUGCAUGGAGAGCCUGCGGGCCGACCUGAGGGACCUGCAGGCCGCCAUCGCCGACGUCUCCUCCCGGGCUGGGGCUGUGCGUUUCCCUUCCUGGAAGUUCCCGGAUAAAGUGUCCUGCGACCUGGACCUGGCGGCACUGCUGGAGCAGUACAGCUACACAGAGAACGACCUCGAAUUCACCCAGCACUCCCAUGUGGUGCUGCUGGAGCUGGUGAUAGACAGACUGCUGCUGCUGCUUCAGAGCUUCACGGGCUACGCAGAAAACCUGCUCAGCGAGAGAACCAUCCCCCCAACACAGGCAGUGGGACCCUGCAUGUCUGCAGGGCUGACAGCAAGGAGGUACUGGUGCAGCAUGCUGAAACUGGGGACCUUCUACCAGCAGCUCCUGGCUGAGAAGAAGGCUUGCAGGAAGGAAAUCUCCACACUGCGAUCCACUCCUCAGGCUGGGAAACCUAAGGAGGAGCGCCUGAAACGCUGCUCACCUACUGCUUUGGAUUUGAGAGCAUCCACAGAAGUUGCCCAGUCCACUUCUCUGUGCCCAUCAUCGGGUGUCCGUGUGCCAGACAGUGACACCUCAUGCAGCUCCCUGCCCAGGCCUGCCUGCAGCGUGGCCAAGAGCUGCCGCAGCAUCCCCACGCAGACGACUGGGUCAUCUCUGGGACCCUGUGACACCUGCACCAGCGCCCAGAUCAGCAUCCGCAAGGUCGGUGAAGCCAUCAUCAGCAUCUGCCAGAGCCAGAACAUCCCCUCAGCUCUCAGGAGGUUCCAGGAGACAGUGGAGGAGACCACAGGGAGACUGACCCUCUCUGCAACGGACAUGAGCUACUGGGCUUCGGAGCAGAGCAAGGACCUCUCCCGGAUCAGCAAACACCUCCAGAUGCUGCUGCAGCAGGUCAACCCUCUGAAGUCUGAGCUGGAAGAGUCAGAAAAACAGAAGGACAAGCUGCGGAAACAGAUUGAGGACUUUUCCCGGUUGCUUCAGGCUGAGAAGGAGACCCAAGCGCAGCAGAGGAAGGAGGCUGAGCAGAACCUGGAAUUAAAGAACAAAGAGUAUUUAGAGGCUGUGGCCAGGCUGGAGCGGGACAAGGACGACCUACGGAGAGGAGCUGCUCUGCUGGAAGAGCGACUCUCCGCCUUGAAGGAGGAGCUGGCUGCGAAGCAGGCUGCUGUGCAGGAGCUGGAGGUGACCAAGACAAACUUGCUGGAGGAGAUGAGGACCAUGAUGGGGGCCAGGAGCCAGGUGCUGGAGCUGGAGGAGAAGGUGCAGCUGCUCACCGGCCAGCGGGAAAGCCUGGGCCAGCAGCUGAGUGCCACCACCACACAGCUGGAGAAGGAGAAGGCCAAAGUGGAGAGCGUGCUGAGGCACCAGGAGUCCCUGCAGGCCAAGCAGAGGGCCCUGCUGCAGCAGCUUGACAGCCUGGACCAGGAGCGCGAGGAGCUGCAAGCCAGCCUGUGCAAGGCCGAGGAGGACAAGGCCAGGCUGGCGGAGCAGCUGGAGGAGAGCCAGGAGCAGAGCGGGCAGCAGCUGCAGUUGCAGCAGGAGCUGCUGGACAAGCUGCAGCAGGAGAAGCUGAACCUGGAGCAGUCUGUCUCAGAGCUGCAGGUGAACAUCUCCAGGCUGGAGGAGCAGGCGCAGGAGCUGAAGGAGCGGGAGAGGCUCCUGGUGUUCUUCCCCGAGCUCCACAUCCCUGCCGAGACGCAGUUUGAAAGCACUGGAAGCUUGAUGGAGGACAUGGAGAAGCAGCUGCAGGCCAAUAACAUCCGGAUCAGUGUGCUGGAGCAGGAGAAUGCUCGUCUUGGGUCUGCGCUGGCCAAGGUGAAGGUGGCUGCUGAGCAGGGCGUGCUGAAGCUCGUCCCGCAGACCCAACUGUGGUCUCAGCUCAGCAACCAGCACAGCAGGGAGGCCGGCAGGCAAGAUGCAGG